AUGAAUUUAACGGCGAAGUACAAAAUGACGGAACCGGAACCAGAUCAACCCGGUAUUUACCGGAGUGAACAGAUGACAUUAGCACAGCUUUUUCUUCAAUCCGAGGCAGCUUAUCAAUGCGUCGCCGAACUUGGAGAACUUGGUUUGGUACAGUUCAGAGAUCUGAAUCCAGACACGAGCGCUUUCCAGCGAAAGUAUGUAAACGAAGUUCGACGUUGCGAUGAAAUGGAGCGCAAGCUAAGGUAUCUGGAGAGAGAAAUCAAAAAAGAUCAAAUACCAAUGUUAGAUACUGGAGAAAAUCCGGAUGCACCUCAGCCCCGUGAGAUGAUCGAUCUCGAGGCAACAUUCGAAAAACUCGAGAACGAACUCCGUGAAGUGAACAGGAACGAGGAAACGCUCAAGAAAAAUUUCUCGGAAUUGACAGAAUUGAAACACAUACUAAGGAAAACUCAAACGUUUUUCGAAGAGGUACGGGCUUUUGCUGUCAGAGUGUCUGUUUAUGGGAUGCUUUUGCAC